AUGAAUAUCACCCUAACUAGUUUAGAAGCGCUAAUACUAAAGGCAACACACGAGUCGUUGCCAUGUCCGGACGCUGCUGCAUUAGAAGCAUUUUGCGCUGUUAUGAAAGAUGCUGCAGAUGGCCCACAAUAUGCGUCACAAGCCCUGGCCGCAAGAAUCCAUGCUCCUAAUGCUCGGGAAGCCUUGCUGGCACUCACAAUGCUAGACCGCUGCAUGCGCAAAUGCGACGCCAAUUUUCACGCAGAAGUGGGCAAGUUUCGGUUUCUCAAUGAAAUGAUAAAACUUGUAUCUCCUAAAUAUUUUGCUGACAGGACAGCACCUGAAGUUCGGACUAGGGUAUGCCAGUUGCUGCAUGCUUGGUCCAUUGAAUAUCCCAAAGAAACAAAAUUUAAAGUUGCCUAUGAUAUGUUAAAAAACCAAGGUGUGAUAAAGGAAACUCCCCCGCCUCUUCCUCCAGAAGAUUCCCCUCCAAAGUGUCAAGUGAGAGCUAAAAAUGCUAUAUUUGAAGAUGAGGAAAAAUCAAAACUGUUACAAAAGUUGUUGCAAAGUAAAAAACCAGAAGAUUUACAGCAUGCCAAUAGACUUAUAAAGACUAUGGUUCGAGAGGUGAGUAUUUUAAUUUACCAAAUCCCAUUCAAUUCUUUAUUGCACUUAUGUGGUAAUACAGAUAUUCUACCUAUAUACUGCACCAUAAUAUGA